GGGCCUAGAACGCGCUGCUCUUUUGCUCCAGUCUCGUCAGAAAAAUACCCAUUUGUUUGUUUUUUAUUUGAGUGUUAACAUUUAAUAGUGAUCCUCGUGUGAAAUGAGCUAAAAACUGCCAGAAAAUGCAGACAUUGGGCCUUCUGAUGCUGAGCCUUUCGGGCCUUUUGAAUUCGAGCGAGGGUUAUGGCCACCAACCGGUGCUGAGAAAUAUAAUAAAAGUGCGGGCCAGUGGCUUCAUGCCCUUCGAAUCGGACCUACUGCUGCCCUUAAAUAUUCUCCGGCAAUUGCAGUCGCAGGAUCGAUCGUCGCGGUUUAUUGGCCAAAGGCCCAAGCCUGUAAUUAGGCCAAAGGUCAAGCAGCAAAUACGAUUGGAGAGGGCCCACCCACUGAGGGAGGCCAAGGGCGUUCAGCUGUACAAUCUCAUCGAUGACGAUGGCGAAUUGCUGCUCAAUCUCAAGGUUCAUCAGGAUCAGAAGGGAUACGCCCCUGGAGGAUAUCAAGGAAACGCGCCAGAGGAAAAAUACCAAAGCAAAUAUCAGGAAUACGAUUCACCUUGGAUGCCCUCGAAAUGGAGACCCACCAGCGAAUUCCCACUGGGCGUGACCUCCUCAUCGCCACGCCCACUGCCCCUGCAUCAAUAUCUGGGCCAAAGCAAUCGCAUCGAACAAAAUACGGCGAAAACAAGGCGGCAGGACAUAUGGCCACAUAAAUAAACAUUAAAACAACAUCAGACCGGAGCUGAUUCCAAAAAAGAGAUCUAAUGUUAACCAUUAAUUAUUUACUACAUUGUUUAUAUUUAAACAAUCAUGCACCUAGAGCACAUACAUGAAGACAAUUAUAUUUUUGGCUAAAAAAUUAACCUAAUAUUUAGCCAAAACACAAUAAUGUAAAUAUUAUUAUGCAGAAAUAUCAAAACGAGCUUAAAAGGUUAAUUUAAAUUACUGAACUUUCAAUAUCAGUGCUAAAAGUAACCACCGCUUAAAAUUUUAAAGAAAAAAACAUGUUUUUUCUUAGAUUAAUUUUAAACAAUAUUCUUAGCAUCAGGUUCAAAUCUUGGUCUUAUUUUUCUCUGUGUACAAACAUGCAACAAAUUAAGAUGCAACAUUAACUAUAAGAUAAAAAUUAAACCACACAAUUCAAAGUAAUCCGCAAGAUACAAAAAUAUAAAUAAGACACGGAUUAAACCAUACAACAAAAUUAAUCCAUAAGACACAAAAACACGCAACAACAUGAUCCACAAGACACAAAACACAAUUCAUAAGACACAAAUAAGUUUAUAAGUAAACGUUAAGAUACACAAAAUAAAUCCAUCAGAUACAAAA